AUGGAAUACCUCAUUCUCCAUCUCUCCUUUGUUUUCUCCUCAUACUCUUUCGUUUCAACAAAUUCUAAUAAUCUUUUCUCUCUAUCUCCCCUCUCUCUUUCCUCUCUCCCUUUCUUUCUGAAAUCUAAAUUAAAAAAAAAUAUUCUCUCCUUUCUCUCUCUCUGUUUUUUCCCCUUUCUUCUCUCUUUUGAACUUUCCCUGCUCUCUCUUUUCUCUAUAUAUAUCUCUCCCUCUCUCUUUCUCCCUUUCCUUCUCUUCCCUAACCCUAACCCACCUCAUUCUCAGUGUUCUUUCUCUCUGUUUUCUCCUCUCUCUCUCCGUCUCUCUCCCCUAAAAAUUUUUCUUUUUUCCCUUUUUCUUUCUCUUCUCUCUCUAUCAGGUAAAUCUCAUGCUCUACCUUCUCCCUCACUCCGUCUCUCUCUUUCUUCCUUCCUCCCUCUGGUAUUUGUACUAGUUCGCUCUUUGCCUUUCUCUGACUCUCUCUCUCUCUCUCUCUCUCUCUCUCGUUUACAGAUUCUCUUUUCUCGGGAAAUUUUCUUUCUCUUCUCUCUCUAUCUCUUCCUAUCUCAUGCUCUACCUUCUCCCUCAAUCCGUCUCUCUCUCUUCUUCCUUCCCUCCCUCUCUGGUAUUGAAGUAUCACUAGUUCGCUUUCUUUGCCUCUCUCUCUCUCUCUCUCUCUCUCUCCGUCUAUCUCCCCUCUCUCUUUUCUCUUUUCCCUUUCUUUCUCUUCUCUCUCUAUCAAAGGAGAAAGAUAUUACACUACCUUCUCCCUCAAUCCGGAAUCUCAAAAAAAAUAGCAAAGCUGGAUCUCUGGUCAAUUGA